AUGACCCCUGGAACCAUUUGUCGUAAUUUUGGAGACACAAGUUUCAGCUCAAUCUUAGGGGGUUUCAUUUAUCAAACCACUGAAGCUUUUAAAGAAGUUGCAAUAAUUAGUCAUCCUUCAAUUGGUGGAUAUGCAUUUAGAUUAACUACUUCAUCAGUCACUCUUCAGGAAUGUAGCACUGAUUCACGUGGUGGCAAAAAAAGAAGCGAGCUUCAAUUUAAGGUUGAAAUAAGCACAAUGCUUAUGUAA